UCCAGAGCCUCAAUUUGUUCCUGAAUUCUGGGAGGCCCGGUCGCGUAUUAUGAUUUCCUGGCGCGGCAGCGCACGCGAGAGAGAAAAAAGAGAGAGCGAGGAGGACGCCAGCGGCCCCUCGACGAGCGCUUGCGCGCUAUUGGUUCUUCUCUUGGGGUCACGUGGCUGGGCUGGCGAGCAGGUUUCCGCACGCACGGAGGAGUGUGUACGGCUGUUCCAUCGUUCGGAAGCACCCCUCGCCACGCCGAGACGCCGCAGAUACGCGCACCGAGGGCGCCUGCAAGCGGGUUUCGAUAGUUUCGAUGAGCAACGUGGUUCCGAGUGUCAAUGUGAAGUGCCUCCGCGUCGACCUGUGCACGGACGGCGACGCACACGAGUGGAUCGCCAGCUACAGUAGGAAAACCAACGCGACAUGGAUCGUCGAGAGGGAAACCCGAAAUCCAAAGAGGCAAGUUCACGUGUUCGUUUCUUUUACAAGUGGCGAAUAGGCCCAGUCUAAUAAAAACAUUUGAUGAUAUCGACGCCAAUCGCGGAAAUGCUAAAUGCGAAAGCGCUGAAUGCUCGCGAUUGCUUUCUUGCCAGCUGACGUACAAGCCUGGACACCCAGCUCCGGGCCAUCAAACGCGCUGACGAGGUGGCAACCAGGCACGGCCUGACAGCCAUCUCCGCUUAGGAAACCGACGGCUUUCCUAAUAAAGUUGUUUACUACUACUGAAUGCUCGCUCGACGCUGUGUUUUGGACUGAAUGAUGCAAUGAUAUUGUGCACUAAAGCCGCAGCUGCAAGCAUGGAAAUGCCGCUGCUGAAGUCCGCAAAAUUGUCAACGACUGGUACGAUUAGUGUACUUGAAAGGUUGUUUUGAACUGAAACCAAGAGGCCUCUGUUUUUACUGUGAAUUUUGGUGAUAUUGUGUGAUUAUUUUCCAUUUUUGGAAAGCUAUGCCUGAAAUAGCUGCGUCCAUUGAACCAUGCUUACCUGCAGAAGAUUUUAUCACUAACUUUUCCUAUUUGCGGCCCUGUCGCCCGUUUGGCUCGUUCAAAAGUUUGAGUGACAGAUCGGAUCGCGCCGCAAGCAACGCACUGCUGAAGCAUUACCCUCCCUAGCAUACGGCCAUGAUGGCCCGUAGCCAGGAAUUGUUUUCGGGGUGCGCCCACUUGCUGAAAACUUUGACUAUUUGAGCAAAACGCCUAUACCAUUAUUUACUUUCGGUAAAACACCAUAUAUCAUAAACAUUUGGAGGGGGGGGGGGGGCGGGCCCCCCGCCCGCCCCUUCCCCUGGCUACGGGCCUGCGGCCAUGUAAUGUUUGCAUUUUCGAUAGUCCAUUUUCGCGUGUUUACGCCCCCAUUUAACAUUUCUACAUGUCACUGUACGUCCUAGACCGCGCGGUUUUUCGAUACGAUGAGCGAGCAUUUAGCGCUUUCGCAUUUAGCAUUUUCGCAAUUGGCGUCGAUAUCAUCAAAUAUUAUUAGACUGGCCUAUUCACCACUUGUAGAAAAACGAACACAUGAACUUACCUCUUUGGAUUUCGGGUUUCCCUGUCGACGAUCCAUGUCGUGUUGGUUUUCCUAAUGUAGCUGGCGAUCCACUCGUGUGCGUCGCCGUCCGUGCACAGGUCGACGCGGAGGCACUUCACGUUUGAUGGGCAGUUAGAACUUGUGUCUAACUCACGCGUGAACGUCCUUGUGCUCAUCGAAACCUGUUCGAUGUUACAUGGGCUAUGAGAUCUGGCGUUUAUUUCGCACGUAGGCGUACUCGUGUCCAACAUGUCACUCGGAAGCACGUUUAUUGAAACCCGCUCAACGUGAGAUGGGCAAGCGGAACUCGGAACAGGCGCGCGAACUUGAGCGUCCGCCAUGUGCGUGGUGCGAAUCUGCCGCGUGGCUGGCGUGGCUAGGAUGAGGGUGCUUGCGUACGAUGGAACAGCCGUAAACACUACUCCGUGCGUGCGUGCGUCCGUUCGUGAACGCUCUCGCGUGCCCAGCCACGUGACCCUAAGAGGAGAACCAAUAGCGCGCAAGCGGUCGCGGAGGAGCUGCUGGCGUCCUCCUCGCACUUUCUUUUUUCUCUCUCGCGUGCGCUGCCGCGCCAGGAAAUCAUAAUACGCGGCCCGGUCAGCCAGUGUUCACUGGUAGUCCACGACUUUGCAGCAAAGAGCGGCUUUCCACUGGCUUGGUUGGAGAGGGGCGAAAACCACCGAGGAAAGGGAAAUGGCCACAUUGGUUCUAGUGGUGAUCAUGAGUUUCCUCAGCUUCGAAGCGCUUGCGAGGAACUUCUGUUCGUAUCCUACAGAAGAAGAAUUCUUCUGUACCUACGUAGGACAACCUUAUGAACGGUUGUGCCCGACACUAACUAAAGUCUGUGAACACAUAGGAGAGAAAAUGUGCAUGUGCAAACCGGGGUACUAUCGACGACGAUUCUGGUAUCCUUGCGUCCCAUACGAGAAGUGUGUGUUACCGAAGCACACAGACUUUAAGAUACUCGGUAGCGGAGAACUACUGUACCUAACAAAAGCGUCUGGGAAUGUAUUCUACAGCAAUCUUGUGAAAUGUUUCAAUUCAUCAUUUGAAAGGGGUGGUCUGGCAACUUGGUAUCGUAGACUACAAUACCAAAAAAGAAGUGGAGAAAUUACGGAAGAAGGGUUUGUACCAACAACUGAGUGGGAGACAGUUGAAGGGAAACUUGCUUUGGAAGUAGUUAUUGAUGAAAAAAAUGGAGGUCGUAAGUACGUGCUUCGGACCAAUGCUUUCGGUGAUCCUCCUCCCGGUGCUGCAAGCAAUUACACUGUUAUGCAUGCAGAGGCCAAUUGUAUUAUUAUUAUUCUACAGGAGCAUCGUGAUGGUGAACGCGACAGAUCAAGGAGAAUGGCGAUGCUCUAUUACGCACCUCUAUUGACUUUGUUGAGUAGUGUAUCGGCAGCCACAAUAGCCUGCACCAAGCCGCACGAGAUGGUAUAUAACUGCAGUUAUAAAGGAGAGCCAUAUGAAAGGCUUUGCCCAGACAUAAUACGCAGAUGGUGUCACUAUGAAGGACAGCAAGUAUGCCUCUGCAAAAUGGCACACUUUCGGCGCCUAUACGACAGUGAAUGUGUUCACUUGAGGGAUUGUGCCAAGAGAGAGGUCAAGCACAUUAUGCUGGCCUGCUUCCGGGACGACGUGUACUUGGUUGGAGUAUCUCGGACUGUGUUUAGGUCAAAGAGGACGAAGUGCGUUAGACUGCUGUUGAACGACGUGACUAAAACUGGAUGUCGCCGCGUUGCGAUGGUCAAAGAAAGAUCCUGGAAAAUUGACUCUAAUGACUUUGGUGACUCUGAAGAAGAGAAAGGGCCUCUGAGUAACUGGGAACGGAAGAACUAUACAUUCGAAAUUACACCUGCGAUGGAAGGAAGCACAGUGGUCCUUAAGAUCACGUCAUACGGAUCACCUCCCCUGCCUAGUGGCGUCGCUACUACAUAUCCCGUUUUGCACGCCAACACGAGAUGCAUCAUCACAGGGAAGUAUCCGAAGCUGGGAGCCACCUGUUCACGGCAAAAAUAAAUCUGCAUUAUCUGCCGGUACGUGCUGCCAGACGGAUAAUAUAUAAGAGAAAUAAACGAUUAUUGAAGCAGGCGUAACUUCUGUGUUGACAGGAAACACCAUUUCGAGGAGUUUGAGGGUACAGCUGUAUUUCGGCUUACGAAGACUGGUUGAGUAUCAUUCGAGAAAGCUAUACCGGACGGUGAAGCUUACAAAGGCUACGUUAUGGCAGCAAUAUAUUUAGUGUUUGCCAUAGCAUUCAUCAGCAGGGUAUCCCAUGGCCAGGAAAAAGGCGCUGACGAAGAGUCCGAAGGUAAUUCGUCACUGGUGUGCGACAAGCCGAAUGAGAUAAUGCACAGGUGCAGCGCGAAAGGCGAACCAUAUGAAAGAUUGUGCCCAAACAUGAGACGCCGUUGGUGCGAUGAAGCGGGACAGGAAAUAUGCCUUUGCGCACCAGCGCACUUUCGGCGGCUAUUCGACGACAGUUGCGUCCACUUAAGAGACUGCGCCAAGAGAGAAGUCGUUCGCCUUACGUUGGCCUGCUUUGCCGACGAGCUGUACAUGAUUGGAGCGUCGAAGACCGUGUUUGAUCCACACCAUGCGAAGUGUGUCAGACUGCUUCAUCGCGCGAGGACAGAAACAGGAUGUGUCCGUGUAGUUAUGGUCAAGGAGAGAGCCAGUGACUACGAAAUGUCAGAGAAGCAGUAUUCUAAUGGCUGGAAGCACACGAAUUACUCAAUUGACAUUAGUGUUGAAGUAAAAGAUGACGUGCCAUACCUCGUCAUAAAACAGGAAGGUAGACAAUUGCUACCACCGGAGGUCCUGCCUAGGUAUCCCGUUUUGCAUGCGAAUACGAGAUGCCUUAUCACGGGGCACUAUCCCAAGCUAGGAGAGAGGACAGACUGCUUUUUCUUUGUGACAGAACACGAUGUUCACCAACCGGAUCCAGACUGUAAAUAUAUCUUCGAGAACUACUGUCAUUCUCCGAAAAUUGUUCUUCGCAAAACGUCAUCGAGACAUUGCAGACAAUAAAAGAGUACCUUGUUUUCAGG